UGUAUACAUAGUCUUUGCAUCGAAUUGCUCAUAGGUUGGUCCAUCCCUAUUUUUACCUUCAACAAAAGACACGUAAAUAAAAGGAAAUAUUUUCGCGUAAACUUAGAUACAAAGUGAAUUCCUAUUUAGGAAAUUAUGUCGACCAAAAGUGAAGCUAAAGAUAUAAACAGGUCUGUGCCUGGGAAAAAUGAUUGGGGUCAGGGCGACGACGAUGACAAUUGGGAUGAUUGGGGUGAUGCAGAGGAUAACUUCGAUGAUGCACAGGAUGAUAAUUUGUUGGGACAAAAUCACAGUAGCGAAAAGUCAAGUCCAACUAAUAAUAAUAUUCAUUCCUCAAAUUCGAAAACUGUGGAAAAUGUAGAAGAAAUCAAGCAAGACAUCAAUAGCAACAAGGGCGCAUCCACAGAGUCAAUGAGCCAAAAAACACAAAAUCCUUUAACAACCCAAAGGCCAAAUACAGGUUGGGGUGGUCUCUUCGGAGGUGUAGUCUCUUCAGUCAUUUCCACAGCUUCUGAAGGGUUUGGAAAUAUUACGUCAACUGUGAGCCAAGGGCUUAAUCAAGUAAUUGGUGUACCCGAUCCGGAAGAGUUGGUACGUAUGCAGGCUGCCGAAGCAACAAAGGCUAAAAGUGAGUCGGAAACGCCAACAGUGCAAGAUAAAAACGAAAAUCAAAACAAUUUAAGUGAUAGCCGAUCACAUAAUGUUCAGCAGGAGGAAGAGGCGGCGCCUGUAUUUAGUUUAAAUAUUGUUAGUGGAGUAACAACGAUUGGAACAAAAGUAUUGAACACAGGUUUAGAUACGCUUGAAGGCAUCGGGAAAAAAACAAUGCACAUAUUGCAAGAGAAUGACCCGCUCUUAAAGAAUAAACGAAAAUUGCUCGGUUUGGAGGCGGAGAGGCCAAAUUUAAGCCAGAUACUUAAAGAGGCUAAAAAAGAUGCUGAUCAAUUAGAAAAUACAUUAAAAGAGAUGAAACUGGAGAAAUCACGUGAAAUGCUACGUUUCGAUCUGCUUUUCGAAAACGAAUGUGGCCUGGUACACCUGGAAGCAUUGGAAAUAUUAUCUAAAGAAUCAACACUUAAAUUGCAGAAAUUACAGGACGCAGUUAGUGGCAAUGCGCUUACCGAUUUGCAAGAGACAAUUACGGAAGUAAAAGAACUUAUGGAGUUGGAAGAUUUGGAAGGAGAAAGCGAUGGGGACUACGAUGCAAAGGAGUUGAAUGCACGUUUAAUGAGCGCCAUAGAAGAUGCAGAUUUGGCAAUCAGCUUCGAUGACAUAACGAGCAACUGGUCAAAAGCGCUGGAAUGGCUCCACAUUGCGCCCACGGUUGUCACCAAAGACACCGUACAGGAGACUUUUGCUCAAGGCCUUACCACACUAGCUCAAGCGUGUGCUAUACAAAUGAAUAAAUUACAUAAAAUCGCUGAAUUGUUGUUGGUGAAAGAACAUCAUAGCACUGCCAACGAAGUUGAUUGUAUUGUCCAAUUGUGCAAGCAGUUUAAUAUACACUUAAAUGGGCUGACAAAUCGUUUUGCUGCAGCAUUAACGGCUAUCAAGCUGGACCCCCAAAUAGUGCCAGAGGAUUUCGCGAAUACUUGCAUAAGUACGCUUUUCGCUGAAAUGCUAGUCGCCACACAACAUAUCGAAAAGGCUUUUCAUUUGUUUCUGCCGAUAUUGCAAAUUGGAGCAAUGUAAAGUGACCAAGUGGAGAAUGGAAAUAAUUAAUUAUUUGGUGUUUAAUUGAUUGUAUUAAAAAAUUAUCGCAUCACUUGUGAUUGUUGAAAAAAUUGCUGUAAAAAAAGAUGAUUGUAUUAAUUUUUUCAGACACUUUAUUGUGUGGACAUUCCACGUUCCGAUUGGUCUGUUGUGGUCCCUAGUUUUAUGAAAUUUCAGACAAGAACUUUUCCAAAUAAAUGUACUCACCUGUUUAUAAAACUAUUAGUGACGUUUAUAUAUUUAACUCUUUAAUAGCUACAAUAAACAAUUUUAAUUUUUUUAUAUA